GUGAUCAGACAACGAUUGGAAACUACUCUACGAUAAAUGCAAAAUGUGUGAAUUUAAAUUUGGCGCUCAUUUUUAUGUCAAACGAAGCAACGUAACCUCAAAAAAAUCAUCUCUAGAAUUAUCUUUACUACAAAACAAUUAUUUAAAUUGUCUUUAUACAUGUUGCGUGUGUAGUUUAAUCAAUGAAAACACUAAUUCCCCACAAGUGAGCCACCAUGUCAUCACAAAAUUUGGAUUUCCACAACAAAAUAGCGAAACUUUGCAUUGAACAUUUCGACUCCUUGCCAAAAACAGGAAAGCCCAAAGAAAAUGAAUGGACGAUAUUGUCUUGUAUUGUCUUAGAAGACAGCGAAAAGUACGAAGUAGUGGCAUUAGGAACGGGAACAAAGUGUAUAGGAAAAGACAAGAUGUCUAGAGAUGGGGACAUUCUUAACGACUCCCAUGCUGAAGUUAUCUGCCGCCGAGCCUUCCUCCGGUUUAUCUACGACACUAUGUUGUCCCAGCCCCAGCACAUGUUUUUGUAUGAACCAGAAAAACAAAUUUUUACUUUAAAACCCAACACAAAAUUUCACUUUUUCUCAACCCACGUUCCAUGUGGGGAUGCUGCGAUUUUCACAAAACAAAAUGUGGAAGAUUUUGGCAAUUUGAUCCAAGUCUCGGUCCAAAAUUCGCUAAAAAGAACAGCUGAAGAAUGUGAUAGUGGUGUUGAACCAAAAAGAAUUAAAUUAACAGACGAUAUUUUUAGAACUGGGGCAAAAUGUUUGAAGGCGGAUGUGAAACAAGACUUGAAAUUGCAAGGGUCUGAGUAUCACGUGACUGGGGUUGUGCGCACUAAACCAGGAAGGGGCUCCCCAACUUUGUCCGUUUCUUGCAGCGAUAAACUGGCAAAGUGGUGUCACUUGGGGCUCCAGGGGGCCUUGUUGGGUCUUCUGUUAAACAAACCUAUUUAUUUUAGUAGUUUUACGAUUGCUGGGGGUACUCCUUUUAAUGAAGAGGCAAUGAGAAGGGCGCUGUUUGACAGAUUAGGGAGCCCCCUUCUGGAAGAACCUUAUCACAGAAGUGAUGUUACCUUAGGACAGGCCGAUGUCAAAUUUUUGUUUGAAAAAUUUGGUAACAAAAAUCCUUGCCCUUCCAGUAUUAUUUGGUCAAAAGGAUUCACGCAAUGUGAGGUUGCCAUUGAUGGCAGAAGACAAGGAGUGACAAAGAAACACCUAAAAACAGUUGGUGCCCUAAAAAUUUGCAAGUUAAAAUUGUUUGAAACUUUGGUAAAAAUUGUUGACCAAUUUAAAAUCAAAAUAGAAAAUGUUGAUGAUUUAAGUAAGCUAACGUAUCAAGAAGCAAAACUGUGUGCAAAAGAUUAUGGCAGAGCUUGGACUAGUCUUAAAAAGUCAUUCAAAGUUUGGACUACAAAAGAUGACAAUUUGUUACAAUUUCGGAUUAAAUUGUGACUUCAUUUUUUAAUAAAAAUAUAUAUUAGA